UUCGCUCAUGUCUCCCAAUGCUAAAAAAAUUGUAAUAAGAGACAUGGUUUUCAUUCAGCUCUAUCACAACAAAGUCAACAAGUCAUAUGAGACGUUAGACUACAGCUGUGUUGCAUAAUAAAGGAUUCUAUCUGGUUACAUGUCCUGUAAUUCUCAAAAAACAGAUUAUUUCUUAUUUCUUAUUUCUAGUGUAACUGCAAACUGUCUUAUCUGUCCACCGCUGUCCUUUGUUAGCGUGAGGAAUGUCAAAACCUUCAUAGUCUUCAGACGGUGCUGAAACUACCUCCCACUUUAUUUUCCUCAGCAAAUCCCAACAAUGACAAACUGCAGGACAAGUUGGACGAGCGGCGACUGAGAACUGGGGAGUGAGUCGAGUAGCAGCAAGGUGUGUCUGUUUCUCACUGCCGUCAUGACUGGAUCAUUUGAGAAAGCAGUAGAGGAGGUGAAGGUACUGAAACAAAGACCAGACAAUGGAGAAAUUGGUCUACUGUACGGUUUAUAUAAGCAAGCCACAGUUGGUGAUGUUAACAUAGAUCGCCCAGGGAUGUUUGACUUCGCAGGACGAGCAAAAUGGGACGCAUGGAAGGCAAAGAAAGGUCUAUCCAAAGAGGAAGCAAUGGACGCCUAUGUUAUUUUGGUGGAGAAGCUGAAGGCAAAAUGGGGAUUCUAGAGUCUGUUUUUUACGUUAACAUUAUAGGAAAUGAACUUAUUUGCUUUCUUGCCAAAAGCGUCUUUAUAUGUCUGUAUGCUAAUUGUGAAGCUAGAGCCAGCAGGCAAUUAGCUUAGCUUAGCAUUUAGAGUGGAAGCAGGGGGUAAGUGCUAGCCUGGCAAAAGGAAAACCAAUCUGUCUACGCUCUGACACAACCAGACUAACUGUUGCUAAGCUAAUUACCUGCUGGCUCUAUUUUUUUUUUUUUUUAACAUUUAGCAUACAGACGUGAGUGGUAUCGAUCUUCUCGUCUAACUCUCGGCAAAAAAGCCAAUAAAUGUUUCUCAAAAUGUUUAAGUUAAAAUAUAAUGUACAAUUUCAUAUAAAACGUUUCAACACAUAGCAUCUGUAUACAGGGCUGCUAUCAAAAAUAAAGACUUUACAGUU